UAAAGAUGGUAGAUGAUAUCUCCCAGAGGUUGGUCGAAAGCUUACUAAGUGCUUUAUCGAAUACUAUUAUGAAUAAAUUCAUUUUAAUACCGAUCUGAUUUGUAGUGAUCUGGUAUUUUGGAGCAAUAUUUUGACCCAAAUAUUAUGCAAAAGAUGCCAGACCGUUCCAAGCAGUUCGACAGAGAUCAAUGAGCGAUGAAUAUGCAGCGACUGAGCAAGGGCUUAAGCAAAUUCCUAAAGAGUCCAGAGGUCUAUACCGUAGAAGUAUUGGAGAUUUGUUUGACAAUAGCCAGGGUAAUAGUAGUGUCAGUAACCACUCUAAGAAAUAUCAUGAAACUUAGGACUAUAUGAACUCAGGAACUUCCAUGUUAAAAUUUCAGUAGUUUUCAAUUUUAU